AGAUGAACUCUCAACAAUCUCUGUUUCUGUUGACCGUGUGCGCGGUGUUGUCGGCUUGCUGCGGCCACAUCGGCGGCAUGCAGCCUUCGCAGGAGGUGGUACCUCAGACGUACUGCGGACGCAACCUGGCUCGGGCGCUGGCACUCUUCUGUAUGGACGUGAACCCGGAGAAGAGGGGAGAUGAAGGAGGAAUGUAUAACUCGAUCCUGUCACCAUAUUACAAGGAGCAGGAGAACCAAUGGCCUUGGAUGAGCCACCAGAAGGCCCACGCCAUGGGACUCAAUCGCGGCAAACGGUUCGUCGUCAGCGAAUGCUGCGAUAAACCCUGCAGCAUCAGCGAGCUGCUGUCUUAUUGCUAAACAACAUAACGCUGUCUUAUUGUUAACAACAUAAUGUUAAAUUAAGAAUAAAAACCCCCGAUUUAAAACUAAUACGUUAUAGCUGUCGCCGUGGUUGAA